ACAAAACAUGGAGGAGUUUACCCUAGCCUCCAGCAUGGGCCCUUUCGCUUUGUCCGUGGAACUAGUUCAAAGAGAAGGACUUUUAGGAGAUCUGGGAAUCAAUAUCACAUGGAGGGACUCGGCCUGCGAUCCCAAGGCAGCACUGGGGCAUUUCGUGACCUAUCUCCUCGACCAGCGACCUGAUGUCGUGUUUGGACCUCCUUGUACUAGAGCCAUGAUGCCUGUGGCAGAUCUAGCUGCCUUUCAGAACAUCCCUAUAUUCAGUUGGGUCUCCAACAUGCACGACCUGGACAAUAAAACUAUCAAAAGCACAUUGGUGAGAGCCAUAGCUCCAUUGUCAUCACUAGGGGAACUACUCAUUUUCUUCUGCGACCAGAUGAAAUGGUCCAGGGUCAGUAUGAUCUCCACAUCAGGAGAGUUCCCAGAAGGCAUGGCUAGCUUCUUCCGGCAGGCCUUCAAGGAAAAGGACACGUUCUCUGUGGUUCGAGAGUUCAACGGGGUAGCGGACAUGGUCAGCAGGCAGAAGAUCGAGGAGAUGUACAACACGAUCAAACAAGAUGCCCGAAUCAUUAUUUUGGUGAUCCCAAAGAAUGAGGUCAGGCGGUAUUUGGUGAUUGCUCAUGACCUGGGAAUGACCAACGGCGAUUUCCAAUUCCUCUACACAGAGCGGACAGUGUCGGACAAGACGUUUCUGGACGAGUUCACCAGCAGGCGAUUCUGGCAACUUGGCGACGAGGACGAUGAAAAGGCUCGUCGGGGAUAUCAUAACUUACUUUAUUUCACGUAUCAUUACCUCACGGAGUGGUCGCUAGAUAGUGAUGAAUCCACCCAGGCUGCUUUACGUGUGUUUGGUUCUGACAAGACACUUCCCAGACCCACGCCUCCGGAUAAGUUCUCACGGUUCCUGUAUGACGCGUUCUACUUGUACGCCAAGGCCUUCAACGAAACUAUGGAAAUGAAUCAGCCACCAGACGGCGUUCACAUCUUUGAGGCCAGCAAAAAUAAACAUUUUCAAG